UUAAAAAGGACAAAAAACUAAUUAAGGGAAAAAUGGAAAUUCCGAUGUAGAAACCGAAUCACAGUAUACAUCAGCCGUCCACCUUCCUCAGUUCCCUCCCUCGUCCCAGCUCCUCGCCUCCCACCGCUUCCACUGCCAACUUUCCUUCCCAAAUUCACCUCUCACCCUCCAGAUUUCUUAGCAAUGGACUUCCCCGGCGGCCACAACCACCACCACCAGAGCCACCAUCGCAACAACGACGACUACAACAACGAUGACGAGCGGCGAUCAGCAAAUUUCUACCCACCGCCGGGAACCAACGCCUACCCUCCGCAGCCCGCUCCUUACGGUCACAACGAGUUUGGAGCGGGUCAACAUUACCCGGCUCCUCCCUCGGCUGCGGUUUACCGCCACGGCGAGGAGGCUUUCUACGAGGCGCCACCGCCACCGCCGAAACCCCAUCACGAGGAAACAACCCAUGUCUACCACAGUUCCCAUGAGUCCUCCCAUUCCCAUGGCGGAAUCGGGUAUGAUCCCACCCCCAACUAUCCUCCACCUGCCGCGACCCAUCAGUCCUCUUAUGGCGGAAUCGGGCACGCUCCUCCUCAGAACUUCCCGGCGCAAGUGACCCACGUCUCUCACGGAGUCAUCGGCGGGUUGUCUCACCACACCGCCGGCCCUGUCCCGGGGCUGGAUCUUACCAGCAAGCCUUCCUCUAAGGUUUACUGCAAGGGCAACCCUGAUUUCCACCUCACCAUUAGGGACGGCAAACUGAUGCUGGCUCGAUCUGAUCCUCGUGAUCCCUGCCAGAACUGGUUCAAGGAUGAGAAGUACAGCACAAGAGUGAAAGAUGCGGAAGGGUCUCCUUGCUUUUCUUUGGUUAAUAAGGGCACUGGUCAGGCCAUGAAGCAUUCCACUGGAGACACUAACCCUGUGCAGCUGGUACCUUAUAAGCCCGAUGUUCUUGACCAGUCGGUCCUGUGGAGUCUGAGCAAGGACAUGGGUAGUGGUUUCAGAGCCAUGAGGAUGGUCAAUAACAUUCACCUGAAUGUCGAUGCUUUCCAUGGCGAUAAACAGUCUGGUGGGGUCCGUGAUGGAACCACCAUCGUGCUGUGGCAGUGGAACCAGGGGGACAACCAGCUGUGGAAGAUCGUCCCACAGUGUAAGUACUCGCCCAAAAAGCUCAAACACAACAAUAUAAUGGAAUACCAAGACUGUUUGUUGUUUGGAUGUCUGCUCAUUCAUCUUCUACAAUUGCAGGAUAUGAUAAACAAGUGAGAUGGAGGAGGUGUUCCUACCAGCAAGCUAUGUAUGCAAUAAACACAUGUACUGCUUUGGCUCUGCGGAUUUCAGUUCAUUUUCUUUGACGCUUGAACUUUUCGUGAUGGUGUUUGAGUGUGUCAAGAUCAUUGUGUGGUACCUGGUGUGGUGAUAGCACAAUUUGGGUGGCAUAUUAUUUAGAACUUGUGUGGAUUAUAUUUCUCUCUUCUACGGAGUUGUCUUGAACGGUUUUCUUUUUCGGCAAGUCUUGUGUUAUGUUCCUUAAGUUUGCUCCCCGCAAAGCCUUGCCACACCAUUUAAAGUCAACAAUUUUUUUAGGGAGUGAUCCAUGCCCAACAAGCACAAUAGAAUAGACUGCUUGGGAAUUUAGAAUGCCAACUGCUGGUGGGGAAUUUCGUUAUGGUGUUUAUUAGGAGUUGGCGCAAGGAUGUAUUUCUGCCGAUUGAUCGCUCGUACUACGCUUUAUAGAUCUUUUGAUCCAUGCUCUUUUGUGUAUGCAAUGAUUGUGAAAUGCAGAUCCAGUAAAACCUUACUCCGACUUCUAUUAAGAGCAUCAAAACUGCUAGGUAUUCUUUUCAGUUUUCGAACUAGAGUCUCGAGCUGGAAUGGGCAUAUCUGCUGCUGGGGCUUUGUGGCAGUGGAGACCUUCGAGAUCUCCACCGGAACCCUUGCUAGAUUUAGAAUCAGAGUUGCGGAAGAAGAGAACAAAAUCUUUGAUAGAAUGCAAGUAUAUAGGUAUCCUCUGUACAACUUUUAUACUAAGCUAAUCAAAUUACCAGUACACACUUGAACUACUAAAUACAAGUAUCAACCCAGAUUACAACAAAAUUAUAUUUUGGUUCCUAUACUAUAUCAAAUACCCCCCACCCCCACUUCAUGGUAGAGUAUGAAUAUCAUACGUACCCAAGUAGCCAUUCAACUCCUGAAACUUAUAGAUUGACAAGAAUUUGAUUAGAAUGUCUGCGAUUUGGCUGUCAUUAGGUGUGUGAAAGAGUUUGAUUGAGCCAGAAGCAAUCUUUUCGAUGAUAAGACGAUAGUCGAUCUCUAUGUGCUUUGUCCUUUCAUGAGCAACACGCUGCUCUAAAGCCCCAACCCUUUGUCAAAGAAAAUUUGUUUUACAUAUCAUUGUAGACACUUGAUUGCUUGCUGGAAUGACUUCAAUUUCUCCUUCAGAACCUCAUACUAGACUGUCUACAACCUCUGGUGAGAUCCUUCUUGAUCCCUCUCUAUAUAGAAGAUUAAUAGGAUGCAUAUUAAAUCCAUGUACAACCAAGCUCUGAUACCAUUCUAGAUUUAGAAUCAAAAUUGCGAAAGAAGAGAACAAAAACUUUUAUUUGAUAGAAUGCAAAGCUUUGUAUAGAUGUCUCCAUUAUAAAGAUUUUAUACUAAACUAAACAAAUUACCAUUUCACAUAGUAUCUACCCCGAUUACAACAAAAUUACAUUUUGGUUCUUAUACUAUAUAUAACAACCGUUUUGGUCCCCUAUGUGAGCCCCUCUAGUUCAUUGCAAAAAAGAGUCGGGGAGCGGAUCAGGUCAGUAACUCUUAUAGUAAGUAACCAUCAGUAACCUAUCCACAUCCAUAUGACAUCAGCAUCCCCUCUCUCCUGGAAAGUCUUUUAUUUUUUCUCAUUUAAUCUUUAACAGACAAUUGCUCUCUCGUUUUAAGUCGAAAUUUAAAUUUUUUUGCACAGAUAAGUCAGAUUAAAUGUGCUAUUUAAAAUGAUAUCCACUUUGAUAUAUUUUUAGUACAAAAAAAAAUUGAAUAAUUUUUUACCAGUCAUUACCAUAUGGUAUGCUCAUAUUUAAUACCAUAUGGUAAGAAUACGUAUCAUGAUGGUAUGAACAUACCAAUAUGGUAAACAGGUUGAAUACAUGAUAGUGAGAGUAUACUAACUGUCAUUUACGACUUUCAUAAUUGUUUACCAUAAGUUACCACCCACAUACCAUAGUGGUAAAGUAUGAUAAUUUUUUGUCCAAUAUUUUUUUCACCCAGAAAUUUGUAGAUCCAAUAGAUCAUGAUAACUCGUUCCUUCUGAGGAAACGUUUUCAAAAACGACUUAAAAACGAAGAAGUUACCAUAUGGUAUGUAGUUGAUAAAAAAAAAGUUUCUCGAAAUAUAUUGAAAAUUGAUCUCAUUUUGUAGAGUAUAACGAACUCGUUCCAUGUGUGCAAAAAAAAAUUGAAAUCCAAGUUAAAACGAACAAAAUAUGAGCCGAUUAUGAAAACUAGGGAAAAUAAAAUGUUUUUAAUUGACUACCCUUAGAUUUGGAUUUUCUGGAUCCACUUAGAUCUAAAGGUCUAGAUUUAGUUACUUAUAGGUUAGUAACCAAUGGUUACUCACCCUAUCCUAAGCCAGAGAGUCCGGGAAUGGAUCAGGUCAGUAACCUUAUGGUGAGUAACCAUGAGUAACUUGUCCACAUCAGCAUGACAUCAACAUCCUCUCUCUCCAAGAAAGCUUUUAAUUUUCCCCUCUUUAAUCUUUGAUGGACGAUUUCUCACUCAUUUUAAGUCGAAAUUUAAUUUUUUUGCACAGUUAGAUCAGAUUAGUUGUACUCUUCAAAAUGAUAUCCACUUUAAUAUAUUUUUCGAACAAAAAAAUUGUGCCAUUUUUUACCAGUCUAUACCAUAUGGUAUUGACUGGUAUUGAAAUAAAAGCAUACCUAUGGUUUGAAAAACGUACCAUGGUGGUAUGAACAUUGUAUACCACACAAUACCACCCCCGUACCAAGGUGGUAUUGUAUGGUAUUGUGUGAUAUUUUUUGGUCCUGUAAUUUGUUCACCCAGAAAUUUGUAGAUCCAAUAGAUCAUGAUGAACUCGUCCCUUCUGUGCAAACGUUUUCAAAAACGAAUUAAAAACGAAGAAGAUACCAUACAAUACCACCCCGUACCAGGGUGGUAUUGUGUGGUAUUUUUUGGUCCUGUAAUUUGUUCACCCAGAAAUUUGUAGAUCCAAUAGAUCAUGAUGAACACGUUCCUUAUGUGCAAACUUUUUCAAAAACGAAUUAAAAAUGAAGAAGAUACCAUAUGGUAUAAAGUUGGUACCGAGAGGCCAUAAUUUUUUUUUCUCAAAAAAUAUUGAAAAUUGAUCUCAUUUUGUAGAGCACGAUGAACUCGUUUCAUCUGUGCAAAAAAAAUUAAAAUCCGAGUUAAAACGAAAAAGAUAUGAGUCAAUUAAGAAAGCUAGAAAAAAUAAAAAUGGUCUUUAAUUCUCCUUCCUUAGAUCUGAAUUUUCUAAAUAAAGAGUCCAGAUUUGGUUAUUAAUGGGUGCAUAACCCAUGGUUAUGCACCCUAUCUUGAGCCAGAGAGUCGCCUCACCUUCCCAUAUGAUGGUCUUGUCCGACCUUUCCAUUUGGUGCAGAACUGUGGUGACGUCAUUUGAGGCGACAAGAACAGUUACAAUGGCAGUGACAAGAGAUGCGAUUUGGAUGGCAGGAGUAGCGCCAAGCCGCCAAUUGCGGAGAUUCUGAUGAAGAGAUUCUGAUCUAAAAAAAGUUGUUUUGUUUUCUCUCCGAAGCUCGGGCUAGGUUUUGGGCAAUGGUCGCCGCGCAGGGUGCCCCUGCUGAUUGGGCGCAAUUGUUUGGGGUAGGGGAGAGAAACCAACUGCAUUUUGUUGCUCCGACCAUCGUGGAUGGUUCGCUGGUGAUUCCAAGAGCUGUGCGCGAUGAAGGAGCAGCUUGAUGGCGGACGGUCAAUUUCCUUCUCAUGCACCAGGUCUGGACCAGCUCCUCCAUUGGGCGCAUCCUUUUUGGAGAGCAUAUGUUUAUCUUCUAAUUCUCAGAUCUGAAUACACAUGACUAGGUGUUCGAGAAUGGUCCUUGGCACUAUGCAAACAAUCCUUUUUUUGCGCCGAUGGGAUUCGACCGGUUCAGAUGAGUCUCAAAUUGUUGCCAAUUUGGGUAAGGUUGAGUGGACUACCUCUAAAGUAUUCUCAGGGGAUCCCCUCGACUGUGGUCUAGGGUGUUGAGGAUGCGGACUUCACAGCAGUCACGUGACCCUAUGAUUGAUAACCAUACAUCCGUGAAUACCCAUUGAAUUGGAUAUUUAUUUUUUGAGUGCACCUGCUGUGCUUAUUUGUGUUUAAUGAAACUCCACCCAACCCGACCCAUUGUCGUUUCUCGCUAUACUUGGCAUCUUGGACUCUGCAUGCUUGGCUUCAUUUUCUAUUUUUUAAACAUUGUUGGGCCGGACUGGACAGUGGAUUCCAUCAUUCUUCAAAUUGCUUCUCCCCUAUAAAUUACAUACCACCCAAUACCCAAAAUCUCACCAUCAUCCACAAUCACGAAACAAAAAUAACGGAGAGAUUAAUUAAUAUAUAAUAAAUAAAUAAAAUUUAAUUUAUUUUAAUGUCUAACUCAUUUUUAUCAUAAAAUAAAUAAAAAAAUAAAAAAUAAUAUAAUUGGCGUAUUUUAAUUAUUUCAAAAUUUAACCUACAUAAUCAAUCAAUUAAUAUUAAGCCUCACUCUCUCUCCGAUUCAAAAUUUAGGUUUCUCCCUCUCUCCUUAAAGCUUCCGACGUCUCAAUUCCGGCCGCUCUCUCGGUCGACUAUCGUUCUCUCCGUCGUCCCCUGUCGCCGUCGACAUUUUUAUUCUUUUCAUUAACGACAUUACUCUUCCUCGUCUCCCGUCGGCCGUCGUGACCCUUCACUCUCUCCAUCGAAGACAGUUCUCUCCAUCAUCCUCCCCAGUCCCCGCUCCAGCUCUCUCCGUCUGCUCCCGUCACUGUCGAGAGCCUUCAUCCACCACCCAAGAGUCUUCUUCCAUAGGGUCGGGAUAGAUCUUAAUGGGUGUCCUUUAUUUCAUAGCUUCUUCAUUUUUUUAUUGGAUGAUAAUCUGGAUAAGAAAAGCAAGAUGCCGCU